UCCAUCGUAUUUAUUCGUUGGGGGGGUUUUUUUGACAAGUACUGUGCGCGCGUUAUUUCGCAGCAGCCGUCAUUCGGUAAUACGGACACAGCCGGACUUGUACGAACAUACACAGUCUCUUCCCCCUCUCCCCUCCCAGCCCCAUCCACCGAACGAUUCCAUCGUACACACACUGUAGCAGUGUGUAUAUAGGUGGAAACUUCACAGCCUUAUUACGUUGACGUUGUGUAAAAAAAAAAGAAGAUUGGGCGUUUGUAUUAGUGAACCUCCAGUAACUCUACUACGCUCCGACCAGUGCUACCGUCCCGCGCCUGCUUUUACUAGACUCUUUCUCUCUCACUCACUCUCCCUCUCCACCCCCUAGCUCCAUCUCACUCUUCCUCCAUCUCGUUUAGUGUUUUUUUUUUCUACAUCGUUUUAUUUCCAUGUCGGAGUGGUGGAAUAAAACUUGUGUGUGCGUUUCGUUUCAUCAGUGCGUUGUUAGUUGUGUUGUGUGUGCGCGCCUAUCCUUAACAUUCUCGACCUCAAGUAAAUAUCGAAAGGCGUAUAUUACGGAGGGGAAAAAGGAUUCAUACAUAUGCAGUUUAAUGUGGAAUAUAGUGAAGAGAGGGUGGAAUAAUGAUGCGAAAUAGUGAGUGUUGGGUGAUAUUUUGGAUUAAAAUAUAAUUUGGAGAUUUGUAAAUGGUCGUUGGUGAAUCUUGGGGUUGUUUUUUUUGGCGUUUGUAACAUGGGAAGGUCCAAGUUCCCCGGCAAGCCGCCUAAGACGGUAACAAGAAAGCGAAUCAAGGUUCUUGGUAGACCUGAUACUGACCAAACUGCUGAUUCCGUCACUGUUGCCGAAAACAUUUACUACGGACUUUCCCUGGCGAAUGAAACACUUGGUGACAAUGAGAAGGAACCUUCACCAUUUCAUGGCUUCAGCAGCAAAGAGGCAAAACUGUCCGUGUCGUACGUAAAAACUAAACAGCCCGAGAACGAUAAAAAUGGUGAAAAAAAUCCCACCAAUGUCACUUUGGAUUCCCAAAAACAUUUGCAACCAUCUGUAAAUAAAACAGUGGAAACCGAUGAGAAUUUAUCGGCUGAAGUUGUCCCAGAUAAUCAUGUGGCCGCAACUGGUGAGAAUGAUGAUGAAGAAGAGGUGAAAAAUAAAUCAAACAAGCCAAAAGUAUGUAAACGUGUUAGAUUCAAAACUGUCGUUGGUACGCCAGUAUUAAAAUCAGUUAACAAUAUCUUGGAUCGUCAUCAAAGAACCCGACAAUUGCGAAAUAGUACAGCAAAACGUUUAUUACAAAGAGCAAAAUUCAAUAUCAGUACGAACAAUCGUGGUAAUAGUUCGCCAGCGAGUGAUAAAGCUAGUAAUGUGAGAAAAUUCAUUCUACCAAUGCGCAGUGCACACUCGUCAAGGGUAAUAAAGCCAAACAAAAGAUUCAUAGAGGAAUUGGAAGAACGUACUAGUCUUGACAACGAGAAUGACAGUAAGAAUACGAAAAAAGUUAAAAUUGUGGCGGAAAAGAGAUGUAAUACAGAGAAUAUUGAAAAAACAAACAAGGAGGGUACACAAACGAAAUUACAGUGGCGAAAAAAUUCAGCAAAGGUGAAUCUUGCGAAUGGAAAAAGCUUGGGAGAGACGAGAUCGCAAAAGGAGAGGAAAACACAGAAUUCCAAUAAAAUCAAAAUCACAUUGAAUCAAACAAUCCACAGUGAUAAGCAAUUAUCAGUUCCUAAAAAAGCUCUUCCUGAUUCAAAUGUUCCAAUUGUUGAGUCUUCCAGGAUUCAGACGAGGUCAGGAGCACAGAGUGAGGUAUCAAUGGUCCAGAAUUGUUCAGAGUCUGCAGAUAAUCCAAACAUCAGUCCCGAAGAUUCCAUCACAAAUGUGGAAAAAAUGGAGGUGGAGGAAUCUGAAGAGGUUGAAGAAGAGAAUGGAGAUGAUUUUGACUCUGACAGUGAAUUAUCAGAGAGUGGAACUGAUCAAAGUAAUCGCAGCGAGGAUGAACAGUCAGAGUGGACCGGAAUGAAGUUCCAUGGUGGUAAAGUAAUCCUUCGUAAAGCAAGACUGAAACUGGAUAAUAAAAAUUCAGGCGGUCCGGAGGGUCCAUUUUCUGUGACGAAUACCCAAAAUGUACCUGGUAAUCAGACAAAUUCAGGACUAACUGGCACGGUUAAAUGUGGGGUUUGUGGUGCCGUUAGAUUCUAUCGUUUUGUCAAGCAGGCACGAAAAUUUGGAAUUCACAGCUGUGAGUCCUGCAGAAAAUUCAUCAGCAAAAUGAUCAAAAGACAGGCAUGUGCAAAGACUGGUAACAACUCUCUCCCAAUACUUCAGUGUCACAAAGGAGAUGGGCUAUGUUUAGUGCCACCAGUCGUACGGAGUCAGCAAUGGAAUCUGAUGAGGUGUGUUUACAAGGCCAGAUGUCCAGCUUGUUGGUUGAAAAUGUGUCUGAAGUGCUACCACAUUCCGACAACAUUGAAAGCCGGGCUGAAUGCACUUCUUCCACCCUUGAUGAGGGAUCCGGUAAUAUCAUUGGGAUCUCUAGGGCAGGAUGAUAGUGAAAUACUGGGACAGAAAACCAUUGGGUCGAUGAGUUGGUCAGCAGAGGACAGUCUGGAGAAGAAUCUCUUUAAAUCUGCAAUGAGUUGGAAUGGAAUUGAAAUUUCUAAGGAGGGCGUCAGCAAUGGAUCUUCUUCAAUAAAACAAGGAACAUUUGAUUCUUCAAUAAUUUCACCAGGGAAAAAGAGGAAAAAAGAUAGCAGGAUUAAAGUUAGAAAGAGAACUAAAAAUCCAGUUGUUUCGCCUCCACCAUCUCCAGUUGUCAGUCAGAGCUCGCAAGCACCACCUGUCAGACAGAGGGUCGAUCUUAAGGGUCCCCGUGUUAAGCACGUUUGCAGAAGUGCAAGUGUUGCUUUAGGUCAACCAAUCGCAACAUUUCCGUCUGGUGAUGGCAAAGACGAGACUGAUGCCAACAAGACUGUCCCCAAAACAUCAAAAGACGAAGAUAAAUCAGAUAAACGAGAGGAAAUUACUAAAGAGUCACAAAAGGCUAAUCAAGAGAACAACGUUAAUUCUAAUAAUAACGUACAACAAACGUACGCAAAAAGGAGCAAAAAUCAACAAAACAUUUUGGCACUGAAUCAUCAAGUGGUGCGGGCAUUACCGAAGCCAACCGUCAAUACUGCUCAUACAAUAUCGAUAGACUUUUGGGAGCAGUAUGAUCCGGCUGAAGUUGGUGCCAAAGGUUUUGCACUCAUUGGAUCUGAGAACUUUCACAUUCCUGCUAUUUGUUUUCUCUGUGGGAGUGCGGGAAAAGAACCGUUGAUACAUUGUCAAUGUUGUUGCGAACCAUACCAUGCUUUCUGCCUGGAGCCCAGUGAAUGGAACGCUUGUGCCCAACCUAACUGGUGCUGUCCACGUUGUACAAUCUGUCAAACAUGUCACUUGCGAGUCGGCCCGAAAUUGUCCUGUAUCAGAUGUCGUCAGUCAUUUCAUCACGCCUGUUUAUCAAAAUCUGGUGUAAAUGCAAGACUAUACAGUCCAGAUACACCUUAUGUCUGUCAGAGCUGUGUCAAAUGCAAAAGCUGUGGCAGCGAAGGGGUAAACGUGUACGUCGGAAAUCUUCCAUUAUGCUCUAUGUGUUUCAAACUUCGACAACAGGGUAACUACUGUCCUCUAUGCCAACGUUGCUACAAUGAAAACGAUUUUGACUCAAAAAUGAUGGAGUGCAACGAAUGCUCUUGUUGGGUUCAUGCGAGAUGCGAGGGCCUCUCGGAUGAGUUUUAUCAAGUUCUCAGUUAUCUACCAGAUUCAGUAGAAUUCACCUGCAGCCAGUGCUCUCCAAAUCCCAAUUCAGUCUGGAGAAAUGCUAUUGAGAGUGAACUUAAAGCCGGUUUCAUCUCUGUUAUCAAAGCUCUAAGUAAAAAUCGUAAAAUGUGUGCCGCAUUGAAAUGGAGUCCUAGGAAAGAAUGCCUUUGUAAGCCUUCGGCCAGUGUCAGGAGGCUUGAUUUCUCAGAUGAGAAAAUCAUUGGAGAUAUCGCUGAUGAUGCUGAGGAUACGGAAAAAACGUCGGAACUCAUUACAGAUCCCAAGGUCGAUCCGUUAAGCAGGUUUGACUUUGAAAUUGAUGAUCAACCCAUUGAUUUUCCUCGAAGAGGCCUCAGAAGACUGAAACAGAAGUUUCAUCUCAAGGAGUGCUCAGUGCGAGUAAAGAACUGCAUCAUGCCGAAGGACGCUCAGGAGGAUAGUUCAAGCCAAGAAUCGUCAAGUGCUUGUGAGAAUCGAGAGUGUCACUGUUCAGAACAGCAGAUUUUAGCACGACCUUCACCAACAUUGAUGUCAGUCAAGAGGAAAGUUAAUGGCAAUGAAUACCGAUCGUUGUUUCAAUUCCACUGCGACAUGGAGCACGUGGUGAACAGAGCUGGGGCGGAUGAUCUGAUCGAGUCCUAUCAUAAAUCUCUCCAAGAAGUUUUUCCCUGGUUUGACCCAAAACGAUCGAAAAUCAGUUCCUCUGUAAGUGGAUUAUCGACACCGUUGAAAGAUCCAUUGAAAUACCUAGAUUCUCCAUUCUGCUCUAAACUGGAUGACUCCAUCUUAGAAACGUGGAAGGAGGAAGUGUUAAAAGCUCCAAAGGCAAUAGCAGCGAAAACUGGAAAUUUGUACAGCAACAUAACUGUUGAUGACACGAGAUUUUGUUCACUCUGCAAGGGUCUGGGGGAUGGACAGGGGACGAAAGAGGGUAGACUUUUGUACUGUGGACAGAACGAAUGGGUGCAUUCUAAUUGUGCUCUUUGGUCGAAUGAGGUGUUUGAGGAAAUUGAUGGUUCUCUGCAGAAUGUCCACAGUGCUAUAUCGCGGGGAAAACAGAUUAGGUGCUCGGAGUGUGGUAAAAAAGGUGCAAGUGUUGGAUGUUGCGCUAAAAAUUGCUCGACUACUUAUCAUUUUCCAUGUGCCAGAAAUGUUGGUCUUGGUUUCAACGAUGAUAAGACCAUAUUCUGCGCAUCACAUCUGAGUAAUUGUACUCCUAAAAGUUCUCACACUGAUGAUGAUUUUGAGUUGAAGAGAUUGGUUUAUGUUGAGCUAGACAGGAAGAAGAAAAAGUUUGUUGAUCCUCAUCAAGUCAAAGUUAUGAUUGGAUCGCUGAUCAUCGACUGUUUGGGAGUAAUUGUUCCUGAGUUCUCUGAUACUCCCGAUAAAAUUAUACCAACAAAUUACAAAUGUUCAAGGUUAUAUUGGUCAACUGUUAAUCCUAUGAAGAUUGUCAAGUACUAUAUCAGAACUUAUAUUCAGCAUUGCACUGCUGAAGUAACUCAUGAUACUGAGCAUAAUGUAACGAUCGAUCACUCCAAGGAAUUGGAGCGAGAGGAGAGGCAGAAAUUCGAGCAGCUGGUGGUCAAGCAAACUCUGGAUGCUGUUAUUGAUUCGGUUUACAAUAAAGAAGUUGAUGAAAACCUGGCUGAGCAAAACAACACUGAUUUGCUUCCCCCUGAAAUAACAGACGUCAUUUUCCAGGAUUUGCCACAUGAUCUGUUGGAUGGGAUAUCCAUGCAGGACAUUUUUCCAAAGAUGAGCUAUGAGGAUUUUUUAGCGAUGGAUAUCAGGAACGACGGGGUUUUUGGAAAUGAUCUACUGAAGGAUGACAUACUGCCAUCUGAAGUUGAUGAAAUCAUAAAACCCACGGAAAAUAAAAUUCCCAAAAUCGAUCCGACAAUAUCAGAGUUAUCUCAGAAUGAUCUAUGGCUGCAUGUAGAGACCAAAGGAUGUGUCCAAGAUUUCAUGGAUGAUUCACUCAAUUCAAAGAGUCAGAAAAUGGGUGGCAGGGAACUUAAGAGAUCAAAGUCCGAGGUGAUUUCCAAUAAUCCACUGAUGGUUGGAGGCCAAAGGCAUCAUCAGAGAUCGUGCAGUUUAACUUGGAGUUGUAAAUUGGAUGGUACGUAUGGACCAACAAUGAAGAGAAGAAAGAUACCACGAUUUGGACCAACAUCAAGACCAGCUGGUGAAACUAAUUUAAUGGUAAUGGAUUCUCAAAAUGAGCGAACAUCAAUGUUCCAUGAGCUGAGAAUUCCAGAGAGUAUCAUGCUCACAGUUGGGAGGGCAAAUACUCCGAGUAUAAUAGAAAACAACAAAGAUCACAAAAGGCUUCUUUGGCAUACAAGACAACAGCCAAGAAUAGUUCAAGUGGACGGUCCAGCGGAUCCAAGUAGUGCCAGUGAAUGCAGUUCUCCCGAAUACAAUAUUGAGGAGAGAAUUCCGCAGAUAGAUGGUACCAACGAUGAAACAUCAUCGGACAGCAAUUUAUGGUUCUCUUUUAGAGGCAACAGUACUCCGCAUCCGGAAUUCUCUUCAAAUGAUGUACAACACGAUAAACAACCCUUCCUACAAGAUGAAAGUAGCAACGAUAGCUUUAAAAUUCCUCAAUUGGACGGCGCUGAUGAUGUCUCGAGUGAUGAGGAGAGCUCCCACAACACUCAACAAAUACCAAUACUGCCCUGCACUUCUGUAGCAGAGCUUGGUGGUGGUCCAGUAACCUGCAAACGAUGUCAGUGCACUUAUCGAACCCAGGACAGUUACAAUCGUCACUUGAUGACCUGUGAUAUUGUAACAAUGAGUGACAGUGACUCCGAGACACUCGAUAAUAAAGGUUCAUCACCAAAUUCAAGGUUUUCAGACAGCGUUGGAUCAAUGUCACCUCAAUUCAUCACAAUGUCACCAUCAGAAGGUCGUACUAUGACAUCUGAAUAUCCAGACAUUCAAGUUACUUCACCACUAGAGGCAUCAGUACCAUCACCACAUCCAGCCAUUCAGAUUGAACCAAUAGCUCAGGCUCUAAUCACACCCCAAAUUCAUACUCACUCAACUGUUGAAACUGUCCAUCAAACAGUAUUAACGUCCAAUGAAGUAAUAGUUCAGACCCAGUAUACAAGAACAACCACAACCUUACCUAAUUCUGCAGUAUUACCACAAGAGAGCACUGUGCAAAUAACAGAUAUAUCUGACCCACCUACACCAAAUGAGGGAACACCAACACCGAAUCUAUCACCAACUGGAAUAACUAAGACAAUUCCAAGUCCUCAGGUAUCUCCAAAUGCUCCAUCAAUGAACGUGGCAGCAUGUGGAGUAGCUGAGAGGACUUCUGUCAAUAUGCAGUCACCCAAAAUCUCAAAACCCAAGUCUCCAAGAACCCCUAAGCCUAGAACGAAGAUGAUAAAGCCACAGGUAAUGAGGAACUCAGUUUCCCAGCAAGUUGGGCCAGUUCGUUAUCAAACUAUGCAAAGCGCGACUCCAGUUCUUCAGUUACAACAACCUCAGAGACCAACCGCCCCAACCGUGAUCCUCCAACAAGUGCCCGGUUCUGGACUGAUGUCUUAUGUUGAAACUCUUCAGCAACAGUCAGGACAAAAUGUUCAAUAUAUAACAGCAAUUGGUGGUCAAGAAACUGGUUACAAACCUCAAUUCAUUACGACUAAUCAGCUGGUUCCUGGUGCCUAUAUUCAAGCGGGUUCCGACAAUUUAUUAGCCCUUCAGAACGGCGGAAUCUCCGUACUUCCUAGUGUCCAACUAGCUCAACCUCAGCCAACAGUCUUGGGGACGAUAAUUCAACAGCAGCCCAGUGCUAUUCAGUGUGGAGUUAUUUCCUCAGAGCAACUCGUUUUGAGUUCAACUCCAACACUAGAGAUGUUCACAGACUCCACAGGGAGCAUGUUCGUCUCCAGUCAGCCUAUGUAUUAUGGCCUCGAAACAAUAGUCAGCAAUACUGUCAUGUCAUCGAGUCAAUUUAUGGCUGCAGGGGCUGUUCCUCAGGUAUUGGCUAGCAGUUAUCAGACGACAACUCAAGUGUUUCAAGCCUCCAAACUGAUGGAGCCUUUGGUGGAUGUUCAGACUGUUCCUAACGUAUCCAAUGUGCCGGCUGUUCAAACGGUUCAGAGCAUUCCAGGUGUUCCUAAUAUCCCUGGUGGCUACGUAGUUGUCAAUCCCACAGCUCCAGAGUCCAUUCCAACUCCUCAAAUCAGUGUACCUUCAAAUCUACCCCCAACUCUCCCUCAAUCCCACGAUCAAGUAUCAUCAUUUAUACGACCACCAGGCAAUUCUCAUUGUAAUCCACCUCCUCCAGUUAUUGAACCGGUUCAACUUGUUCAACCACCACCAGAAGUACGUCCAAUACAACAGAUGCCAUUCAUUCCUCAAACAAGAACAGUUUCGCCACCUCGUUCAAUGCAGCAGGCCCUACCAACAAUACCACGAGUAGCCGUUCGACCCAGUCCCAUCGCUCACGCUAUGACGCAACCAAGUCACGGCCAAUGGAAGAUACCGGAGCCCCUCUACGCUACUGAACAAACUAUUAACAGCAGUACACGUCCCUACCUCGAUUCCAAGCACGUGUCUGAAAAUACGAGCAUGAUAAAAUCCAGUAUAUCAUCAAAAAUACCACCGCUCUCCAGCCACUGUAUCACACAUAGAGAUAUACAAUUGAAUCGAUUGAAUCUUGAUAUUAAUGGUGUGCACAAUAAUAUUUACAGCACUGGACUAACGAGUAAUGACAAUACGUUAAUAUCCAGUUAUGGAGUUAAAAGUUCUCCUGUUGUGCCACCUACACGUCCGAUGAAUAGAGUUUUGCCGAUGCAGGCAAUGAUACCAAAACAGGAAGUUGUUAAACCAGUGCAGAAGCCAGAAAUUGUCAUUGCAGAGCCGACAAAACCAGUGAUUAAAUGUGCAGAAGGGGAGUCGAUAUUAGAGCCCAUUAAAUCCUUUGCUAGCGAUACUAUCGAUAAAACCUGCCCUCUGCAAAAGUCUUUUAUUAUUGAAAAAGUUCCUGAAAAGCCAUGCAUCGUGGAAAAUAUUAUCGAGGGAAAGAACCUAUUAGAAAGUGAGGAGAAAUUGUUUGAAAAAUUGCAUGUGGAGCCGUUUGAGGAAGAGAAAAUAGUGAACGUUGAAAAAAUUACAGUUGUCACAAGUGAUGAAGUGCCGAUUAAACUGAGGCCCGAGGAGAUUGAAGAAUCGAAGGAAAAUCUCCAGGUAGAUACCGACAAGGAUAAUUUGAAAAAUCCAUCGUUAAAGAUUGUCCUUCAGAAACAACUCCAAGACGGUUCUUACAAAAUCAGUCACAAUAUGAAAUCCACAUCUCAGAGCAAGGGUACACCGAAAAUCACGUCAAUAGAGAUACUUCCGUCCAAACAAACCCCACAAAUAGCAUCCCUCCAGUUAUUACCCAUAAAGACAUUUACAUUGAAAACCAAUAAAAUUGAAGAAAAACCUAAAUUAGUCAGCAAGGAAUCAAAUCUUCCGGAGCCUAAACUACCUCCAGUGGCGGUGAAGAAGCCGAGAUUUGUGGCGAAAAAUGCAAAAUCAACUAAAGUUAUGCCACCAGUUGCUGAUACUCCGAAACAAACUGGGCCAACUUUGAUGUAUGAAAUUAAAUCUCAGGAUGGCUUUACCCAUACUGCUUCCUCAAUGGCUGAGGUCUGGGAGACAGUUUUUCAAGCUGUGCAGACAGCACGAAAGUCUCACAAUCUUCCUCCACUUGCCCACAAUCCUCUCACUGAAGAUCUUGGACUCGAUAAUAAUGCUACUGUUUAUCUUGUUGAACAACUGUCUGGGGUCAAUCGAUGCACCAAGUAUAAACCAAAGUUUCAUACUUUAUCACCACCUAAAGUAUUGGACGAUGACGUGCUCACUGAGUCGGACAGUGGUGCUGCACGUGCUGAGCCUUUCAAGGGAAGAAAAGUCCACGAUAUAUUCAGCUGGCUAGCGUCCAGGCAUAGGCAGCAACCAGACAUGAUUGCUAUUACUGAGAAUGAAAUGAGAAAGGCUGCUAGCACAAAUCUACCGAUGGCUAUGAGAUUUAGGAUACUGAAGGAGACUUCUAAAGAAUCUGUCGGUGUUUAUUAUUCGCAUAUUCAUGGAAGGGGAUUAUUCUGCUUGAGGGAUAUUGAGGCUGGAGAAAUGGUCAUUGAAUAUGCUGGCGAGGUAAUUCGGGCAUCGUUGACCGACAAACGUGAGAAAUACUAUGACAGUAAACACAUAGGCUGUUACAUGUUCAAAAUUGAUGAUCAUCUAGUUGUCGAUGCAACCAUGAAAGGCAAUGCCGCCAGAUUUAUAAAUCAUUCUUGCGAGCCAAAUUGCUACUCGAGAGUCGUCGAUAUACUAGGUAAGAAACACAUAUUGAUAUUUGCGUUACGCCGCAUCGUGCAAGGAGAAGAAUUAACUUACGACUACAAAUUCCCGUUUGAGGAUAUUAAAAUACCGUGUACGUGUGGAUCACGGAAAUGUCGAAAAUACCUUAAUUGAGACUCCAUGAAACCGUCUCAUGGGAACUAAAAAUAUUGUAUUAUACAGACUUAACAAUUAACAAAAAAACACUAUUAAGAAUUUUAAUGUCAUUGAACAAACCUUAGGAACAAGGUACAUAGUCUUUUUAUUUUUCUCGUUCAACAUUUUUGUGUAUAGUUUUGAUUGAGCAUCUCUCAUUAAGUCCAGAUUCCCGAGUGAAAAAAAAUCACACCCAUUUUUUUAAUUAUACAUAACCUCUUGUAUAGUAUAGUGUAAGUUGAAGAAAAACUAUUAAAAGUUGAAUGUAAAAUUUAUGAAUGCUGUAAGAACGAAAUGUACUGUAAUGAAGGAGAGAACCGUCAGCAUUAAUUAAAAUGCUUGAAACAGAUACUUCAGCAAAGAGGGAGAAAGCAAUAUUCGCCUUUCUUUAAUAUAUUUAUAUGAUAUCAUGAUAUAUACGUCGUUAAGUAAAAUGGUCAUUUUUGAUUGAUAAAAUUAAACGGUGCAUAUUGCAAGUGGGCAUUUCAAUCAAUUCAUUUCUAAUUCUUUAAUUGUGGAGUAUGAAAUUGUUGGAACGUUAUGCAUUAUUGUGCUUCCACUCUAUUUGAAUCAUGUCUUUUUUUUAUAUAUAUUUUUAUUCAACAUUUUUUUAACCAUAAACUUUCAAAGUCAUCUUUCUAUUGAUCAUGCAUAUCAAUUUAAAAUAACGACAGUUUACUGUUGCUGGCCAUUGGCUUUAUCGUUUUUGACAAGCGACCCAGCCAUUUUGUAAUACUGGUGGAAUUGCUACUUUAUUUUCAUGUUUUUCAUUGAAAGUGGAUGACUCCGUUACAGCAUUAUAGUUCAUAUGAUUGACAUGCAAAUUUCAUUUGAUUUAAUUGAGAUAAUUAAGAAAUUAUUUCUUCAUAAUAUUGAGAUGAUGAUAAUAAAUCUAACACGCUUGAAACUUAUUCUAGGUUUUAUGCAAUUUUGCCUUGAAUUCGUUGUUCAUCUACAUGCUGAACUUCGAUAAUAAUAUUAAUACAGCUUAUUUCAACUAUUUUCUGAAAUAGUGAAUAUGAUAGUGAAGUUCAUUUGAAUGAGAGAAUAUAAAGCUGUAGUCGAUUAUAUAUCGCUGUAUUUUCCCUAGGAAAAAAAUUAUGUAGGGAAAGUAUGAACUGAGUGACGAGAUGCGAGGGAUGACGAUGUAGAAUGUCCCUUAAAUUUCUGGUGCUCCAUAGACACCGUCAAGUGCACUUUGAAUGAUUUGAUAAGAAAAAAUGGCCUAGAAUGAGAGAAGUGUGAAGUAUUUGAUAAUGAGAAAGUGAAUUGCGAGUGAGGCAAGAAGUAUAAACAAUGAAUUAAAAGAAAAGAAGAAAAAACAAUAAUAAGUAUGUGAAAAGAAAUCGUUAUACGAAGAUUUUAUUGCAAAUUUAUUUAAUUAACGAAAUAAUAUAAAUGGAUAAAUGAUGGCAGGAACAUUAUUUCUAAGGCCCACGUCUCAAUUGAUGAGGUAAAAAGGGAAGCAAAAUAGAACAAAUGAUACAAUUUUUUAAUCGGCCUGGUUUGGUACAAAAUGGACGUGAGGCAUUGUUGUGAAAACGAAGAGGAAAAAAUGGAAACUUGUUCUGGUCAAGAGAAAUUGCCAUUUUUUUUAGGUAUUUUCAUUUCUUUCUCCAAUUUUUUUUUCUUAUUUUAACUAUAAAAUAAUUCAUAAUAAUUAUAUGAAAAGCAAAUGAAUAUUGUUAAUACAUUACUGAUCCAUUUCAAUCUAUAAAGAGUGGGAUCGAUAACGAAAAAGAGAGAAAAAUUGAAGGUGGUAAAUUUAUGUAAAAAGCAAUGUUAGAUAUUUUAUUGAUAUUUAUUGAUUAUAAAAUGGAGGUAAGAGAGGAAAAUGAAAAAAAUGUAACAGCAGGAUUUUAACGUGAGCGAAUGUGCGCAUGGAAAAUUUGAAUCUAAUAAUUAGAUAUAUAUUCUUUUUUCGUUUCAAUUUUAAUAAUCAAAACAAUAAGAGUUCGUAUUUCCUGUUUGACGAUGUCUUGUCACGAAGAUUAGAAGAGUAGCAACGAAUCCUCCAGUUUCCUCAUUCAUUGAUUGUCUUUCACUGGAACGUUCAUCAACUAUCUUUGAAAGAAACAGUGUGCAUGGAACGAAAAAAACGAUAAUAGAAUUCUAUACUCAUUGAAAAUUCACCCCGUCACUUGUGUAAUUUGUGCUUAGCACUGCUUAAUAUUCUUUUCUUUGCUCUACUCGUUUUAAUAAACUUUGAUAACACAAAAGUAAUACAUAAGUGUGAGAAAAAAAAUUAAUGAAGUUUUCGAGGAAUUCAAUGUGAAAUAUGAAAUCUAUUUCAGAGUGUAAAAAAAAAUUAUCCAACGUUUUGAAUAAAUUGUAAAAUAUUUGGACAUAGAAAAAACAUAAUCGUAUUAACAAGAGACGAAAAAAAAACAAAAUUUUAAAAAAUUGUCUGUGAUUAUCGGUCAUAAAAAUCUUAAGCUCGAGAUAUAUUUUUUAGAAAAUUAACAAAAUUUAUUAUAUACCCCUAUUAUUGAUAUGAUAUUGGAUCCUACGUGUGCUACAAAUUUAAAUUGGAGAGAAAAUCUGACAGUAACCAAUGGAUUCAUUCUGAUUGAAAUAUUUAACCGAAAAAUGAUGAAUUUUGUGAAUAGUAAAAAAAGGGAUACGAAUGAAAAAUUAUGAGAGUUAUGAGAUCAACGGCUGUUUGUAAAAUAUUUCUCAUUUCGAAUGAUUAAUUUUGAGAGAAGUAUAAAUUCAUUUUUCGAUGACAAGUUAUCUGUAUACAAUCGACCUCAUUAAUUUAUCUUUCUCUAAACCCAUGAAAAUAGUCCACAUCAGCUGACAAAAAUUACUAUUGAUAAAUAACACGCAGAAUAGUGUAAUUAAAGGACGAAAAAAGUAUGAAAAGUUUCAAAUGUCAAAAACUUUACAGUAGAAAACUAUUGAAUAAUCGUAUUGCAUUAGCCUGAAAGAUAUUAUGCGUACUGCAUUAGCAACACAUUUAGCCGCUUUCAUCACACAGAGACAUGUUUACACGAGAAACUCACAACAUUCUAAUUAAAUGUUUUGUUACAAUAAUAAAAAGCCACAAAUGGAAUAUAUAUAUAAAAACAA